AUGGCGCAUCCCUCAGCAAUUGGAGGCACCGCACUAGCUCCCACGCCCACCCAUCCGCAUCACUUGUCGCGGGAAACGAGCAGAGACGAAUUGGACAUGGCCGACAGUCUCCGCCUGCUCAACCAAGCCCACGAACACCAGAAACCGAGCGUCGAGACGCCUUCGCAGGAACCCCAGCCCAUCCAUGCCCCGGACGACCAAACAUCAGAGAUAUACCACUCGCUCGAAGAUGCCGUGCCCAUCGCAGACGCUCCCCCCGCGCCUUCACCCUCGGCGUCUCUUCAGAUGCCCAACAUGGCCUACGAGCCUCCCAACGCACCCGUCACCGGCCAGGUCUGCAGCAACUGUAAAACAACCCAGACGCCCCUCUGGCGCCGGUCGCCGACUGGAGAAACAGUGUGCAACGCGUGCGGUCUGUACAUGAAGGCGCGGAAUCAGUCACGGCCAGUGAACCUCAAGCGGAACACGCAGACCCAGCCGAUGAUGCCGGUCCAGCAAAGCCCGACUCCAGGACCCAGCGACGCCAAUCGACCAUCUCCUGGCAGCGUGGCUGCUUCGCCGCGCGUGGCAACCUAUGUCGCUGCGGACCAGAUGGCGGCCGGGACAUGCCCAGGCGGAGGGAGGUGUAAUGGUACCGGAGGUCAGCAAGGUUGCAGUGGCUGCCCAGCAUUUAACAACCGCGUGUCAAAGACGGCCAAGUUUGCACUGGCCCAAGCAAACGCAGGCUCCGGCGACAACAGGAGUGGGAAUGACGCCAAUUCCCCCGCCUCAGCGUCGACAAGUGCCAUCCCUGCGUGCCAAAAUUGUGGAACAACAAUCACGCCACUCUGGAGACGAGAUGAUGCUGGUCACAUCAUCUGUAAUGCUUGUGGACUCUACUACAAACUUCACGGCACUCACCGCCCCGUUGCAAUGAAGAAGCAGGAGAUUAAGCGCCGGAAACGUGUUGUGCCUGCCACCGACACCAGCUCGCAAGCUGCGUCUUCAGUCGCAAAUUACUCGCCUCCACAAAGACCUUCUCAACCCCCUGCAUUCGAGCACUCGGUUUCUCCAGACCCGUCGACUGCCCUCGAGUCUCGAGAAGAAUACACACCGGAGCCACCAAGGGGGCCGCUUGCGGUUGACUUUACGCAUUACUACAGUAAUGCGACAGUAACGUCGAACCCAGUAGGCCUUGUAGCCAGCGGGCAGCCCGGCGCACCAUCGCCCAGAAAACGAAGUCGCAGCGCAACGGUGGAUCCCGAGGAACCGUCGAAUCCACUGCCUCAUCGUCCAAAUGCCAUAUCGUCGAUCCUAAACCCAUCACAGACUGACACAGAUUCUAAUAUCGACCCGUCGCUCUCUGUGCCCCUCCGCACAAGUGGAGGAACAUCGCCCAAUUCCACCCUAUCACAAGAAGAGAAAGCAGCUAAAAGAGAAAGACUGCGAAGAGAAGCAGAAGCAAUGAGGCUGGAACUGGAGCGGCGACAAAAGGAGUUGGACGAGUUGGAAAACGACUGA